UUGAAAAUUACGGUAUCACGAAGACGGUGAAUGUCUCACCGACCAACUGGUCGUCGAAAAUAGCGUUGUCAUUUCGAAUAUCGAAAGAAAGUUAAGAAUACGCGAGACUCGGCACGAUAAACGUUUGGGGCGUACGAGUGUUCUUCCGACGAAUAAAUUAAGAUUUUCAUUAUAAAAAAUUUCUAAAUAUCUGUUUUCUAGUUGCUAAUGAACAAUUAAGUUAAGAAAUACAUUAUUUUUCAUUUUUUUAACCGUACCGUUAACAGAGAUAUAUUUUUUCUUACAAUUGCGUCAGUGGAGCCUCGCGGCGAUACAAAAGAAAUUUUUCGUCCGCCAUGUUGGCGUUGCUCCGAUACGAGGGCGGACUUACCAUAAUGUAAUCACAAAAUUCUGCAACGUAGAACAUUUUCGCUCGACUCGCUCAAGGACGCAGACACUUCUAAACAUGGCGACGGCUCCCGACAAAAUUUCGGUCGGGGCCGGAUCAAGAGCAGCUUGCUCAUGAUCGCUUAUAGAAGCCACGGUUGGAUGGCGCUAUCAUGCACCUCGACCUCGCUGAUUGGUUGAAACGAAGGAAACGCUUGGCAACGUGGCGUCAAUGGAAGCUCACGAUUGGCUACCCGUUAAAAUGUUGGAACUACCAGUAUUUCAAGCUUUAAUCAAAUCAGCAACCAUUAUUCGUCUUGUGUAUUAAUAUUUCCUACAUAUUCAUACUAUUUUUUUUAUUGAACUAUUAUUUUUGCAUGCGUUUCUACGAAAAAUUUUCGAGAUCACAUUUUAUUUAUACGAUCUUUGUAUUAUAACUUUUCUAAUGCAAACACGUGUGGUGUGUGUGUGUGUAUAUACAUAUAUACAUACACAUAUAUACGUAUAUAUAUAUACAUAUUAUAUAUAUAUAUAUAUAUAUAUAUAUAUAUAUAUAUGUACUAUAAUUGAUCUAAAAAGGCUUUCUGUUCUUUAAUAAUCCUAAUAUAGCAUUAUAUAGAUCCAUGACCAUACAAGCUAACAUUUUAGAAUCGUAAGUAUAAUUGGCUGUAAUAUCGCGUAUGCAUUACCUUUUUAAGAUUCUCAGCAUGAUAAUUAAAAUUAUGAUCGAUUAUAUAAAUAAUACCAUUUUGAUUGUAAAACUUCCAUAGAAAUAUUGAACGAAUCGUUUAUUGCAUUAUCAUAAGUAAAUUUAUACUUUCAUUGAAGAUAAUGUGGAUGCAAUAAAAUGAAGUUUGUACUCACUUCUUAUCAUCUCAUCCCGUGUUCCGGCGAUACUUGGAGCUCAUCCCACCUUCGAAAUCUUUUCUGUUCGAAAGCACGUGCACGCGAUUGCCUAUCUCCGACCAUGUGCAUGCGUGGCGUAUAUAACUUUGGUGUAAAGGAAAAAUACGUAGUAGUACGCGUAUCUUCGACGUACGGCAUUGAAAUAUUCGAUCGGGAAUGCGUCGGAAGAAACCGUUAAAAUGAGACUUCAUCUUCAAAGUGACCUAAGGUUGUUACGCGAAAAAAAAAUGUGUGAAAAACAAGAAGAGCACAAAUAUACGUGUGAAUGUGAGGAGUGUUAAUCCCGACGAAAUAAUCGUACCACGAUGUAUCCUCUUCUCUCUUCAAAUGAUUCCAUUGUCUCAACUCUUUCUUCAUGAGGGCAACCGCGUGCUCCACGCGCGACCACCAGAAUGACGCCUGAGGUCAUUUCGAGUACUUAAUACGGCGCAUCAUCUACUUUGGAUAGUUACCUUAUAUUUACAUUGAUCUACGUAGUACGUGUGAUAACGAUUUGAAAUUUUCGAAGACAAAAAGUGAAGAAAAUAUUACCCCGUUUUAUUCAUAUAUAUCAUUUAUUUCUUUAUUUUGUUCAUUAAAUUACGAUUAUGGAAUGGAGAAGUUAAAUUCUAAUAUGCAUUCUAAAUUAUCGGAAUGUGCGAUAGAGCGAUUACGUGAGAAAAAAAUAUUCACCGUUAUUGAUUUUAUACUCGAAGAUCAAGAUAAAUUGAGAAUCGCAACAGAUCUUUCGUUUAAGGAAGUGAUGGAUAUUAAGAAAAAUCUUACAGAGAAAUUUGGUGGGGUCGUGAAGAAACCUUCAAAUUUGUGGAAAUUAGAACAAUCAAAUGUAAUCUGCACCAAAAUAAAAAGUUUGGAUGAUUUACUGGGAGGUGGUUUAAAUCCUGGUCAAAUAUAUGAAAUAUGCGGUGUAUCUUCCUCUGGAAAAACACAAUUGUGUUUAACGAUUGCAAGUAAUAUUGCAUUAUUGCCUAAUAAUCUUGUGAGGUACAUCGAUACCAAAGGAGAUUUUUUUGCCUCCAGAGUAGAAACAAUAUUGAAGCAUAAAACGAAUAAUGAAGAGGAAAUGAACAAAGCAAUGGAACAGAUAAGAAUUACUUUGGCACGAGAUCCUAAUAAAUUACUUAGUAUUCUACAACAUAUGAUAAGUAUUUUAAAACAAGAGAAUGGUAUACGUACUAGAGCAUUAAUCAUUGACUCUUUACCAGGAAUAAUUUUUAAAUUUUCUAAAGAACCAGAUAUCAAUUUUACUUUAAAUCGCUUAUCAAAUCUAUGUCGAUUUCUAGCAAAUGAAUUUUAUAUACCUAUUAUUAUAGUAAAUUUAAUAACUCAGUGGACGUUAUCGAACGAUAAAAGCAGUGAGUCUGCAACGAAAGGAACACAAACAUUAGUAAAUCCAACAUUAGGAAAAUAUUGGUUACACAUACCCAAUACAAGAUUAUUGGUAGAAAAGUUAAAUAAUGAUUACAGAAAAAUUACUAUUUGGAAAAGUUUUCAAAUUAAAAUGGACUCUGUAUGUAGCGUUAAGUUAAGCGAAGCUGGUAUUAUAGCACAACAAUUCACAAUGGUCACAUUUAGAUUAGUGUUUGUAGAGUGCACUGUUAAUUAAUUGGUUAGAACGAUGGCUUCCUUAGUUGCGGAUUACGGAACUUCGUCGGGUUCAGACAGUGAUGGUGAUGACGUAUCGGAUGAUGCUGAUAACAGGGGGAAGAGGAAGAAGAUGAGGAAGAUGAUGAACCUGGUGAAAAUAAUGAUGACACACAAACUGAAACUGCUUCCAAAGAAAAACUUCCAUUACCUACACCUGAUUUUAAUGGCACACCCACCUUGAAAACUUCCGUCU